AUGGCGAAAAAUUCCAAGAACAGGGCGCCGACGGCCUUGAGCGCUGCCAUGGAAGUCCAUCCCCGGCCCGAGGGCCAGCUUACCGCUCGGGAACGCCUGGAUCUGCGUGAGGUCUUUGAUCUCUCGGACAUGGACGGAUCCAACACGCUGGAUUGGAUUGAGGUCCGCCGCGCACUUCGUGGCAUCGGCUUUCCCAUCACUAAACGCGAAGCUCAGGACCUGGUGCGCAGUUUGGACGGCGAUGACGACGGCUUUCUCAACUUUGACGAAUUCGCCGACGCCGUGCUCCGCCAGUCACGAUCAAGUGUCCGCGUGGAGCGCGAGCUCCGUGCUGUCUAUAAACACCUCGCCCGAGGACCUGACGACACCAUCAACCUUGACGCCCUUCGCCAACUGAGUCAAGAGCUCAAUGAGUCGCUCAGCCGAACCGAGCUCGAAGACAUGAUCCGCUGUGCGGAUAGCAACGGAGACGGCCUUGUGGACUUUGCAGACUUUACCAGCAUCAUGCUUCGCACCUCUGUUUACCAUUAA